AGCAAGAGAAGAGACACUCCCAAACUACUUCCCAUUGGCCAUAGGCCUUUUGGAGAUGGAAUUUAACGACUUGAAGGAAAGACUGUUGCUGCAGGAGCCACGGAGGCAUUGGUUAUAAGGGCCCUUUCAAACUCCUGCUCUGAGCUUGUCAACAGGUGUCAGAGAGAGAAGCAAUAGAGCGACAGAUUCUCAGGCUUUCAGAGGACGGAGUCACAGGGAAUCGAGACGCCAUGACUACUAGACUUCACUGGCCUUCAAGAGCCCUCUGCCUGAUAGGCAUACUGUGCACUGUCACUGCCACAUAUGUGACAGAAGAUUCUCCAGCCCCCGCUGAGAAAGGAGUCACCUUCAGCCACAUCUAUAAGAUAGACCUGACCAAGAGCCCUGGCUGCAAAUUGGCCUUGCAGACCAUGCCUCACCAGCAGGACCAGGGAUUAGGUCUGCAAGAGCUGGAGGGGGGCCCUACUCUGGAGGGGGACAAGGACAUAGUAUUCAGGCACCAAAUCAACCUCAAGACCUCAAAGUGUGACUGUGAUGAGUCGGAGCAUUUCAAGUCUUUGCUGUACAGAGUCAACGCGCUGGAGGAGGAGGUGGAACACCUGAAGAGUCAGUGCUCCCAGGGCUUCUGUGGUGGCAAAGGUGGUGGAGCAGGAGGUGUGGACACUAGCUGUAGUGGCCACGGGACCUACCAGCACGACACCUGCAGCUGCCAAUGUAACCCUGGCUGGGAAGGCCCAGACUGCUCCAUCUCCACCUGUCCUGAUGAGUGCAACGACCAUGGGCGCUGUGUGGAUGGCAAGUGUGUGUGUCUUGCUGGCUACAUGGGGAGUGACUGCAGCCAGCUGAUGUGCCCAGGUGACUGCAACGAUAAGGGACACUGCGUGGACGGGAAGUGUGUGUGUCUUGCUGGCUACAUGGGGAGUGACUGCAGCCAGCUGAUGUGCCCAGGUGACUGCAACGAUAAGGGACACUGCGUGGACGGGAAGUGUGUGUGUCUUGCUGGCUACAUGGGGAGUGACUGCAGCCAGCUGAUGUGCCCAGGUGACUGCAACGAUAAGGGACACUGCGUGGACGGGAAGUGUGUGUGUCUUGCUGGCUACAUGGGGAGUGACUGCAGCCAGCUGAUGUGCCCAGGUGACUGCAACGAUAAGGGACACUGCGUGGACGGGAAGUGUGUGUGUCUUGCUGGCUACAUGGGGAGUGACUGCAGCCAGCUGAUGUGCCCAGGUGACUGCAACGAUAAGGGACACUGCGUGGACGGGAAGUGUGUGUGCUUCAGCCACUUCACCGGCGAAGACUGCAGCGAACAGAAAUGCAGUCCUGACUGCGUCCACGGUACCUGCGUGAAUGGAAUGUGUAUCUGUGACGAGGGCUUCUUCGGGGAUGACUGCUCUGCAGUGAUUGGCCCUAACGGCCUGCGUCUGGUCAGGGUGACUGAUGUCUCGCUGCUGGUAGAGUGGCAGGCGGUGAGAGCAGCAGAGUACUACGUCUUGGCCUGGCACCCUGAGGGCAACGAGGCAGAGCUGGAGCGGGUCACCGUUCCCAACACAGAGACCUCUUACCUGAUCACCGGUCUUAGGCCUGGGGUCACCUACAUAGUGCAGGUGUACGCUGUCAUCAAGGAGAUCCAGAGCGAGGGGGACAGGAUAGAGGCGACCACAGUGGUGUCUGGUAUUGAUGGUAUCCGGGUAUUGGGCCAGACUGAGGACUCUAUCCAGGUGGACUGGCAGAACCCUGCAGCACCUCUGGACCACUUCAGACUAACCCAUGCUAACCCUGACGGGCAGGAGGAGGAGCAGAUCGUACCUAUGAGUGCAGAGGCCAGGACCACCAACACCAUCGUAGGACUGCAACCUGGCACUGAGUACCUCAUCACAGUGCAAGGCAUCAAAGGCACCAUCGAGGGGAAAGCCUCCUUCGUCACCGGGGUCACAGAUCUUGAUGCUCCUACGAACCUCUUGACAAAAGAAGUGACACAGGACACUGCUACCGUGGAAUGGCAGAAGGUACAGGCAGAGAUCGACGGCUACAUGAUCAGCUACAGCUCUGCUGAGGGCUCCAGUGGGGAGAUCCCUGUGGGGGCAGACAGCAACUCCUACAGGCUGACUGGGCUGAGGCCUGGAGUCAUCUACACAGUCUACAUCUGGGCUGUCAAGGGCUCCAGGGUCAGCAGGAAGAGCUCCACUGUAGCUGAGACAGAUCUGGAUGCUCCUACUAACCUCUUGACCAGAGAAGUGACCGAGGAUACAGCCGAUGUGUCGUGGGACAGACCUCUAGGGGACAUCGACGGCUACAUGAUCAGCUACAGCUCUGCUGAGGGCUCCAGUGGGGAGAUCCCUGUGGGGGCAGACAGCAACUCCUACAGGCUGACUGGGCUGAGGCCUGGAGUCAUCUACACAGUCUACAUCUGGGCUGUCAAGGGCUCCCGGGUCAGCAGGAAGAGCUCCACAGCAGCUGAGACAGAAAUUGAUUCGCCUAAGAACCUAAAAGCAUCAGAUGUUAAGCUGGACGCUGCGACCCUGACCUGGACUGCUCCCUUAGCCAGAAUCGAUGGCUACAUCCUCACAUUCAGAGCUGAGGAUGGCACAUUGAAGACUUUGGAGAAGACGCUGAGGGAAGGAGAGAGCAGGUUUGCCAUGUCAGACCUGGAGAUGGGAAAGAACUAUAUUGUUACCCUCCUCGCUUACAGAGGAGCAAAGAGGAGCAGAGUGAUAGAGACCACAUUCAAAACAGUGGGUUUGUUGCACCCGUUCCCCAUGGACUGUACCCAGAUUAAGACGAAUGGUAACAUGGCAAGUGGAAUCUACACGAUUUAUAUCAACAGUGAUCGCACCAAGCCCAUGGAAGUGUACUGUGACAUGGACACUGAUGGCGGUGGAUGGGUGGUGUUACAAAGACGCAACAAUGGACAGAUGGACUUCAUGAAGCGCUGGAGACCGUACAUGGCCGGCUUUGGGAACAUGACUGAUGAGUUCUGGCUCGGUCUGGACAAUAUCUAUGAGCUGACCAAUACUCCGACCCAGUAUGAGUUGCGAGUGGACCUGGGUGUGGGUUCAGAGAAGGCCUAUGCCGUCUAUGACAACUUCAAGAUAGCCCCGGCAAAGCAGAAGUUCAAGCUGUCCAUCGGCAAAUACAGAGGAACAGCAGGUGAUGCCAUGAACUACCAUCAAGGUCGCCCUUUCUCUACUGUUGACAAUGACAAUGACAUUGCUCUUGGUAAUUGCGCCCUGACUCAUCGUGGCGCUUGGUGGUACAAGAACUGUCACCUUGCCAACCUGAACGGCAAAUUCGGAGACAACAGACACAGCAUGGGUGUGAACUGGGAGCCAUGGAAAGGCCACCUCAUGUCUCUUGAUUUCACUGAGAUGAAGAUCCGGCCAGUGGGCGCCGCCAGGAAGAGGAGGUCGCUUAGCAGCAGAACAGCUCCCAGAAAAUAGUUCCUCUGACUAACUAAAAUAUUCAAUGGGAACCUCAUUACAAACCAGGCAGAGUAUUGAGAGCCUCAACUCUAUCACAGGAUUACUGUAUAACUUACCUCUGUAACGUAUAUCACAUGGUUGUCUUUAUUAUGAAUAGAGGUCCCCUUUGUGAUAGCAAAUCCAUCAGGGACCCCCUCAUAAUCAGAACACAUCGCGAGUGAGAUAAAAAUAGUUUUACUAUGACUUCAGCAGUGCAUGGCCAGACGAACCAAGUCUCAGGCCCUGGAAAGGAAUGUUAAACAUAAUUUUAAAAAUGUAUAUUGUUUGACUUUUUUUUUAUAUCUGACCACGGACCCCCUGUGGACCCCACUUUAAGAAUCCCUGAGCUAGAUGACCCAUUGACACCAUGUUUUUAGAAUAGUUAUACCGCUCCUGUUCACAUUCAUAACAUAGCAUAGACCCUGACCCUCUCUUCUAAGGUUUGGUCCCCUGCCUACCCAGCCUACUCUGAGUUAGCUAGACAUCACAUUUCAGAUGUCAUGCAUAGGAAAUAGAAUGGAUGAUAUGCUCCUGUGCUUGUAAGAUUGUAUUUUCAAAUGUGUAUUGUAGUUGUUGUAUUAUAUUCAUGCCACACAUUCUCAGAGAAAUAAAGUCCCCUCAAAAAAGUUGCUUUUUAGCUCUAGCAUCUACA